AUGAGACGAGCUGUUCUUGGUCCUGAUCAAUACCAUAAAUUUUGCUUCGCUCUCCACCCUCGCGAUAACCCUCUACUACCCCUCCUCCUUCCCCAACUCCCCACUCGUCCUUAUGCCCGUCCUUGGCUCCCCCAACCCAUCUCCCUCAUCGGCACUGGCUACGCCCGCCUCAUAGGAAUCUAUUCCCCACCUAUCCAAUCAAUCGUAACCUUCUUCCUCUGGGCGCUCGGCUCCAAAACCGUCAUCCCAGGCGUCGUCGACGCCCCAGUAUUGAACGCAAAGACUGUGGAAGGGUUAGGCGAGGUCAUUACGGGCGUCGGUAUGAAGGGCAAGAGAAAGGGAAAGGAGAGUGUGGAGGAGAUUCUGGAAUUGAGGAAUAUAGAUGUGAAGAGUGAGAAGGUGUUGGGGAAGGGCACGUUGCCGAUGGUGGUGUUUACGCAUGGAAUGGCGGGAAUGUCGCAGAGUUAUUCGAAUCUGCUAGGGAGUAUCGCGAGUCAUGGCUAUGUUGUUGCGGCUGUCGAGCACAGAGACGGAAGUGGGCCUGGCACAGUCGUACACUAUCCCGACGGUGGCGAGCGAUAUGUGUGGCACCUUGCACUCGAGGAUUUGCAAUCCGAAACUCCUAUGACUGAUCUGGAUCUCAAAGAAGCACAGCUGAACUUCCGCGAGGCCGAGAUCAUAGAGACCAUCCGCCUCUUCGAGCGCCUUAACAACGGCGAAGGUGCCAAGAUCCGUAACCUCAAACCCAAAUCACCAGAGUCCGCACUUCCAGGCUUCGAAGAUCGCCUAGACUUGGCAGCCAUCACAGUCGCAGGACACUCGUACGGUGCAACAGGAGCCUUGCAAGCCUUGAAAAACGCACCAAACAAGGACAUGCCGAUAAACGGCGCAAUCAUGCUAGACCCAGGAAAGGGGUCGGGACCGCUAAACCAUGACAUUAAGUUGCCAACACUGGUCAUGCAGUCGGGUCAAUGGACAGAAAGACAAACAAAAUUUUAUGACGAAGGCUGGCAUUUCGAUGUUGUGAAGAAGCUAGUCGAGAACACAAAGAAAGGGUGGUUCAUGACGCUGAGCGGUUCGGCUCACCCGUCUUGUACCGAUGCGCCGUUGAUCGUUCCGUGGAUCAUGAAGCUUGCAACGCAUACUACGCUUGACGGAAGAAUCGCUUUGAGGGAAUACAUCUCAACAUCAGUCGACUUUUUGGAAUACCUGAAGAAUGGACAGAAGAAAGGAAUGCUGCAGAAAGAGGCGGGAAGUCCGGCCGGUCCAUUAGGAGACGCGGAGAAGCGUGUGAAUGUGAAAGGUGAUUUUGGAGCUGACUGGGAGAUGCACGUAAUUCCUAAGACAUGA